UGCAGUGCGUGAGAGAGAGAAAGACAGACAAGUUGCCCUGUGAAGAAUGCCUUCUGCCUCCUUGAAACAGGACACUCGAGGGUCCACAGACAACCUCGAGCCCAUCCAAAAAGUGGCCACCCUCCUCGAGAAGAAGAUCCGCAACUUGGAGAAGCGUAGGACCAAACUGGAACAGUACCGAUUGGACAUCCGAGCUGGAAAGAAACUAAAUGAAGACCAGCAGCUUGCCAUACAGAACUAUGACAAUGUUCUUGCCAACCUGGACCUGAUGCGGGAGCUAAGUCAGCAGUGCUCCAACAUCGUCUCAGAACACAACAAAGUUUCCAAGAGACAAUUGAAAAGGGAACAGCAAGAACGGUUUCAGGAAGAAGUAAAUCGCGUGAAAGAAAUAUUAAAAAUUCAGGAAGUUUUGCAUCAAAUGGGACAGGAAGAGGCUCGCACAGACUUCUUGGCGGGGACCAAUGGUGCUGUACAGCUUGAGCCCGAGAACAUAAAUCAGCUUGAUGCUUUUUUCAAAUUGGUGACCCCAACCAGGUCGGAAGGCCAGCCUUUGCCUGAAUUCAAUGAUGAAUUACGGAAAGCAGGAGAGCAUUUCCUCCAUCUGCUGGAAGGGAGGAAUAAGGAAGUCGCUAGCACCACAUACAAAGCCCUGCGUAAUAUUGUGGAACAGAUUUCUGUCUGCUGCUAUCCUGAGAGAAAACCAACCACGACGGAAGAGGCUGUCAGCAAAGAGCCCGAGAAAGAAACAGUGGCUGAGGAAUACACAAAUGGCAUGAUUGGUGAGGAACCAGAGUUAAUUGCACCUGCUAUGGAGGAAGUGGUGAACAACAUCACUACGGAAGGUCCUCCUCCUGGCCUUGUACUCCCAACAGUCACCCCUCCCCCUCUCCCUUCGGCAAUUAACCAGGAGCCCAACCCAGUCACACCCACACAGGAGGCAAUUGUAGCAGCAAUGGCUCAGAUGACUACAGCAGCUGUUCCUGGUGCCCCACCUGCAGCUCCUGGCUUGCCACCUGCACCUCCCUCCUACUUCACGCAAGCUGCUCCUCAGCCACUACCACAACAACCCCCACAGCAAGCACCUCAGCAGGUCCCACAGCCAGCACCACAACAAGCACCCCAGCAGCCUCCACCCCAGCAAGCUGCCACACCCUUGCAACCUCCUCCACCACAGCUUCAGCAGAUCUCUCUCAGUGACCUCGUAUCUCCUGGGAGCUUUGACUUUUUGCAGGAAAGUCAGGUUGCUCAAGAACCUCCCACAGUGUACAUGGAUCCAGCUGUGGUGUCCAUUGGCAGUGUGAAACCUGACCCCCAAAGGACUAUGUCGCCAGUACAGCAGCAGCCACAGCCACCCACUCCUAUGGUGGCUCCAGGCCAGGACCCAACACAUCCCUCCAACAUUUCCACGCAAACAUAUACCAAUCAGACUUUCAACAACAUAAAUGUAGCAGCGUACUCCCAAGGUGUGCCUGUCUACCCUAACAAUCCUGUUGUGGACAGUACACCCAACCCCCCGCCACCUAUUCCACUGCCUCCCCAGGCUCGUCCUCAGGAGAAGGUGGAAGUAGAGUUCAACCCAGAGGCUAGUCCAUGGACUGAACAACAGCCACCCACUCAGCAGUCUGGGCCAGUUGUUCAGCAGCAACAGCAGCAGCCAGAAGAAAACACCUGGGGAGUCCAAGAUGUCCCAGUCAAUGGUGAUGACAAGUGGGCUGGUGGAGAAACCGGGAACUGGGAAGAGUUUGAUGAGAAUCAGGUGAACCAGGCUCAAGCUCCCACCAAUGGACAUGGAGACUAUGAGAGAAGAGGAGGUUACCGAGGAGGCAGGGGCAGAGGUUUUGGAACCAGGGGUGGAUUCCGGGGCGGUCGGGGCAACAGUGGCGGAGGUGGCUACCAGAAUGGCCGCGGAGCCUAUGGAGGAGGCUACGGUGGAGGUGGUUACAGAGGUGGAAGAGGAGGAAUGGGAGGAGGUCCUCGCGGUGGUCGUGGUGGCUUCAGAGGACAAGGACCCCGAGGAAACUUCAGAGGCCGUGGGGGUGGAUACCAAGGCCAGCGACCUCCCUACCAACAGCAGCAUCAACAGCAGUGAGGCAAAUUGGUGAUGAUUUAGCUGUGACUGUGAUGACAAGUGGGCUGGUGGAGAAACCGGGAACUGGGAAGAGUUUGAUGAGAAUCAGGUGAACCAGGCUCAAGCUCCCACCAAUGGACAUGGAGACUAUGAGAGAAGAGGAGGUUACCGAGGAGGCAGGGGCAGAGGUUUUGGAACCAGGGGUGGAUUCCGGGGCGGUCGGGGCAACAGUGGCGGAGGUGGCUACCAGAAUGGCCGCGGAGCCUACGGAGGAGGCUACGGUGGAGGUGGUUACAGAGGUGGAAGAGGAGGAAUGGGAGGAGGUCCUCGCGGUGGUCGUGGUGGCUUCAGAGGACAAGGACCCCGAGGAAACUUCAGAGGCCGUGGGGGUGGAUACCAAGGCCAGCGACCUCCCUACCAACAGCAGCAUCAACAGCAGUGAGGCAAAUUGGUGAUGAUUUAGCUGUGACUGUGAUGACAAGUGGGGCUACCAUGUGUACUAAAACGCUAGAGGUGUUGCACUACGUUGCACAACGUACUGACUUUGCACUGCCUGUGAUAAAGGGUAGUGCUUUAAUGUGUAAACAGUUAUUGGAGAGACAGUACAGGGCAUUCUUUACGGGACAAUGUAGUGUGAUGCAUCAAUUAAAGUGAAAAAUUUGCCAAAAAAGAGAAGGAAAACAAGAAAACCGUGAGUUCUUUGAACUCAUAAAAAAAAAAAACUUCAUUUCACUCUAAACUAUUCCAUGACUUGUAAGGUUAUACAAAACAAUACAAAAAAAAAGUUUUUUUUCUAUAUAAUUUUUAUGGAAGCACAUUAUUCCUGGAGUGUGGGGGAGGGGUGGAGGGUGCCUGAAUGCUCCCCCCUCUUCCAGGUGGGUAUUUGAACCACUUCUUCACUCUUCCACUUUCAGACUGUCAAAGCUUCCAAUACAUUAUCAUUUACUGCA